CCCUAAAUCUUACUUCCGCGCAUCCCCUUCAACUGCAAACCGCGAUUUUUCCCAGAACAAACCUCCGCCUCUCUCUUUAGCACCGAUGACGAAGAAGAAGAGCGAAGGAGCUAACGAAGAUCAAACGAUAGAAACCAAGAAGAAAAGCGUCUCCGCUGUAAAAUCAUCUCAGAAAGAGAAGCCAGUAGUAGCAAAGCAAGUGAAAAGCUCGAAAGAAGAAGAAGAAGAAGAAGACCUGCUCUUAGAUUCCGCCACUGAUUCCGAUUACGACGGAGAUAGCUUGUCCGGGUCUUUGAACUCCGACGACUUCGACUCCGAUGUCUUCGAUUCCGAGGACGAUGCUUCACAGAGAGAGACGGAAGGUGGAGAUGAUAAAGAUUCAUCCGAAGACGAGCUCGAGCUCCAUGGUCAUGAUGGCUCUGAUGAUGAUGAUGAUGAUGAUGAAGGUGAACAAGUAGAUAGUGAGAAUGGUGAGGAAGAAGAUGGGAGUGAUGAAGGUUCUGUGGAACGUGAAGUCGCUGAAGAGAGUGAUUCUUCAGAAGAUGAGGUUGCUCCAAGGAAUACAGUUGGGGAUGUUCCAUUGGAGUGGUACAAAGACGAGAAACAUAUUGGUUACGACAUCACUGGGAAGAAGAUUACAAAGAAAGAGAAGCAAGACAAGCUCGACUCUUUUCUUGCAAAUAUGGAUGACUCCAAGAACUGGCGCAAAAUUUACGAUGAGUAUAACGACGAGGAAGUGGAGCUGACUAAAGAGGAGAGCAAGCUCAUCCGUAGGAUGCUCAAAGGGGAAGCUCCACAUGCUGACUUCGAUCCAUACGCUCCUUAUGUCGAUUGGUUCAAAUGGGACGAUGCGAUUCAUCCGCUCUCAAGUGCGCCAGAACCCAAGCGAAGGUUCAUCCCUUCAAAAUGGGAAGCUAAAAAAGUUGUUAAGUAUGUUAGAGCAAUAAGGAAGGGGUUGAUCAAGUUUGAUAAGCCUGAAGAAGAGCCCAACGUAUACCUUUUAUGGGGUGACGAUUCAGCUUCAGAUCAAAAGAGCAAGCACUUGACUUAUAUUCCUCCACCGAAACUAAAAUUGCCAGGACACGAGGAAUCAUACAAUCCUUCUCUGGAAUACAUUCCAACAGAGGAAGAGAAAGCAGCUUAUGAAUUGAUGUAUGAGGAAGAUCGUCCAAAAUUCAUUCCUAAAAGGUUCACAUCUCUGAGAAGCAUCCCAGCAUAUGAGAAUGCACUAAAGGAGUCUUUUGAUCGUUGUUUGGAUCUAUACCUGUGUCCAAGAGUUCGAAAGAAGAGAAUAAACAUCGAUCCUGAAUCUUUGAAGCCUAAGCUACCUAGUAGGAAGGAUCUUAGACCUUAUCCAAACUCAUGUUACCUUGAAUAUAAAGGCCAUACAGGAGCUGUUACUUCCGUAUCCCCUGAUUGUUCUGGCCAGUGGAUAGCCUCAGGUUCCGCUGAUGGAUCUGUUCGUAUAUGGGAAGUGGAGACUGGUAGAUGUCUUAAGGUCUGGCUGUUUAAGGAACCUGUGAAGUGUGUCGCCUGGAAUCCUCUUCCUGAUUUUCCAAUUUUAGCCGUCGCCAUAGGACAAGAUCUGGUUAUCCUGAACACUGAACUUGGCACUGAUGAGGAACAGCAAAAGAUUGAAGAGCUGCUUCGCUUAGGAAACCUUCCAGAACAAGAUGAAGCUGUUGCGGCAAUUGUAAGCUGGCUUCCAGAUGAGACAUAUGGAGGGAUCAAGAUAAAACAUUUUAAGAACAUAUCAUAUGUUGACUGGCAUCCUAGAGGAGACUAUCUCUCAGCAGUCAUGUCAGCCGGCGAGACACGAGGUGUUGUCAUACACCAGCUCUCAAUGCAUAAAACACAAAGGCUCCCAAUAAAGAUGCGGGGACUUCCUGUCUGCACGCUCUUUCACCCCACCCACCGUGGCAUGUUCAUCAUCGCGACGAAAAAGAACGUGCGCGUUUUCAAUCUCCAGAAGAGAGAGCUGGCCAUCAAAAAGCUCGAGACUGGGCUUAGAGAGAUCUCUUCUAUGGCGAUUCAUCCUGGUGGUGAUAAUCUGAUUGUAGGAAGCAAAGAAGGGAAGAUGUGUUGGUUUGACAUGGACCUGUCUUCGAAACCGUACAAGACUCUCAAGAAUCACCCUAAAGACAUUACGAACGUGGCGUUCCACCGCUCGUAUCCGCUGUUCGCUUCGUGCUCGGAGGAUUCGACGGCUUAUGUGUUCCAUGGAAAGGUGUAUAGUGAUCUUAACGAGAAUCCUCUGAUUGUGCCGUUGGAGAUUCUAAGAGGCCAUUCUACUUCUUCAAAUAGAGGAGUCUUGGACUGCAAGUUUCAUCCGAGGCAACCAUGGCUAUUCACUGCAGGCGCCGACUCGGUUAUAAAACUUUACUGCCACUAAGUUUCGCCCAAACCAUAUUUCUGACCAUUUUCAUCUUGUUUUUGUAUUAUCACAUUGCUCUACCGUUUUGUAUUUCUACUGCAUUUUAGUUGCCUCCUAUGCGUCUCUGGUUGCACUAGCUUGAUUACCUUUUUUGUUGCUGAGAUCAAACUGAGAAACAGAAUACAACUUAUUUGGUAACUCA